AUGGGGCUGAAAGACCGUGUUGAAGGCUACCGCCGCCUGAAUUCCACGGAGGAGUCCUUUGAGAGUCCAGAAGUCCGAUCGAGAGGCGGAGACAAUUCGGGCCUUUGGAAAACGCUGACACUUAUUCUCAUGCUGUCAACAACUAUUUUGACAGUCCUCGGCGUGUAUUCAUGGACGUCCAAGAGGAGUUCCUAUGAAGCUGGGUUUGACACAGACGUGCAUGCUGCAACUGUUGCCAUUAGGACAGAAAAGGUCAGAUUCACUGGAGGAUUGAGAUACGACGAGAAUGGAACUCUCUUCCACGUCGAUUUCGACGAAUCAACCACAUAUGUUGGAGAGCCCAACGCACGCCUCGACAUGCGCUGGCAGAGACUUCUGAAAGGACACUGGAUCACGAUGGACAACGAUCCUCAAAUCCCACCCGUGGAACAUCAUGGCGCCGCAAGACGAAUCAGUGGACUCGACGUAUACCAUCAACUACAUUGUCUGAACAUGGUCCGAAAGGCCCUAUAUCCCGAAUAUUAUCGUGAUCCAGAUACACCGGAACACCAUCGCAUACACAUCGACCACUGCAUCGAUUAUCUGCGUCAGGCCAUCCAGUGCCAUGCAGACAUGACCCCAAUCACGAUAUACAAGACCGGCCCUCUGCCCGGUCGAUCACCGAGGCUCGUUCCGGACUUUCAGUCGGUCCACACGUGCAGGAAUUUCGACCUGUUGGAUCAGUGGUCCCUACACCGGUUGUACCGUGGGCCGUUCAACGACGAUGACGUAGAUGAGCACUGA